AUGGCUCCGUCACUCUUUUCUUUCCUUCUUCUCACAUUCCUUUCUACCCCAAUCGCCGCUCAAGACCCUAACCCAGGCGACGUAAACCCCGUCCCACCCGUCGGCGAAAUCAAGACCGAAGACCCAAUCUCCAGUCCCCUCACAGAAGGAUGUCCCCGUUCGUGCAGUGAAGCAGGUAGUGACCCAGUCAACUGGACUCAGCUGCACAGUUUGGAGGAGUUGGCUGGUUGUGGUCUUCCUAUGCUGUUUGCCCUCAAUGUGCAGAAUGAGUAUAGUGAUUCUGCUACACUGUAUACUUGUGUUACUGAGGGUAGCAAGACGAGACGUGAGGUUGGAAGUGUCGUUGAGAAGCGUGCUGAACCGACUGUUUCGCUUGGUAGUAACUGUGGCGCUGAGAGGGCCACUGUUAAGACUUCCUCUGGCUUUGGUCCUACUGGUUCUCUUCGCUCUGGUAAUGACGUCGCUGCUGCUGCUACUCUUCUCGCUGACUACCUCGACAAUGGUGCUGUUUGCGGUACUACUAUUCUUUUCGCCAAGUCUGGCUCUUCCAUCGCUGGUCUGUAUGUCGGCGCAGAGGUUCAAAAGAGCAGUGCUUCUUCCAGCCUUCGUCAGUCAAGGGUUCGUCUUCAGAAGGGUGUUCAGGCUUUCCAAGUCUGUGACGCCAACGAUAAGACCGCCCAGACUGUAGGCUUCUUCGCCGCCGACGCUGUCACUGAUCUUGAAUCCGUCCAGUCUGCUGUGAGGACCUGGUCCAACGGCAAGUGCAUCAGCAUCGCUGGUGCUUCCAAGGAGUCUAUCAACCUUGGUAUCCUCACUACCAACAUCCUCAAGACCCGCAGCUCUCGCUUUUCCGGUGUGGAUAACCUCCUCGCUCCUCGCGCAGACUGUCGCGCUAUCCAAGUCGUAUCGGGUGAUAGCUGUGCAUCUCUCGCAAAGAAAUGUAAGGUCUCGACCACCAACUUCAACAAAUACAACAACAAGAAGAACUUCUGUUCUACACUUGCUCCUAAGCAGUGGGUGUGCUGCAGCGCUGGUACUUUACCCGACAAGACACCCCAGCCCACCAAGGACGGCACAUGCUUUAUCUACAAGAUCAAGUCCGGUGAUGGAUGUUAUUCUCUUAGCCAGAACUUUGGCAUCACUCAGGCUUUCAUUGAGAGUGUGAACAAGAACACUUGGGGCUGGAACGGAUGUAACCGUCUCCAGCUCGGUCAACCUAUCUGUCUCAGCAAGGGCAAGAAUCCUAUGCCCAUGGCUAUUGCAGGCGCUGUCUGUGGCCCUCAAAAGCCUGGAACGGGUAAGCCCUCCAGUGCGAAGACAGGAUGGGACCUCGCAGGUCUGAACCCUUGCCCACUCAACGCUUGCUGUUCCGGCUACGGGUUCUGUGGUAUCACCUCUGAGUUCUGCACCAACACCACAGCCAAGGGCGCCGCGCCUGGUACAAGCGCGCAAAACACCCCCGGCUGUAUCGGUAACUGCGGAACCAACAUCGUCGGCAACACCAAGAAGCCAGCCAAGUUCCUUAACGUUGGUUACUUCCAAGGCUACAACCUCGGUCGACCCUGCUUGAACAUGGACGUGACGAAACUCCCUGAGAUCAAGACUGCUUACACGCACAUCCACUUCGCCUUCGCAGGUCUUACAUCCGAUUUCUCUGUCCUUUUGCAACCUGCCGUCAGAGAACAGUUCAUCAAGUUCAAGGAAGUCAAGGGAAGCUGGAAGAAGAUCAUCUCCUUCGGCGGCUGGGCCGGUUCAACUGAUGCAUCCUCAUACCAAAUCUACCGCGACGCCAUUAAGCCUGCCAACCGUAACAAGUUCGCGUACAAUGUCAUGACUGUUCUGAACAACCACAAGCUCGAUGGUGUUGACUUCGACUGGGAGUAUCCCGGUUCUGCAGGAUCUGAUGGAUCUUCCACUGACACUGCCAAUUAUGUCGAGUUUCUCAAGAUCAUGAGAUCUAAGAUUGGUAACAGUGGAAAGACCAUGUCUGUUGCUCUCCCGGCUGCGUACUGGUAUCUGAAGCCGUUCCCUGUUAAGCAGAUUGCGCCUCUUGUUGAUUAUAUUGUUUACAUGACGUACGACCUUCACGGUCAAUGGGACUACGGCAACACCAUGAUCAACUCCGGCUGCCCCAACGGCAACUGUCUCCGCUCCCACGUCAACAAAACCGAAACCCUCGACUCCCUCGCAAUGAUCACCAAGGCAGGCGUAGAUCCCGCCAAGGUCGUCGUCGGCAUCUCCUCCUACGGUCGAAGCUUCCGCAUGAAGGACCCUAAGUGUACCGGCCCAACCUGUCAGUUCACCGGUAGCUUCAGCGUCUCGGAAGCAGAGCCCGGCGUCUGCACUGGCGAAGCCGGAUACCUCUCCGACGCCGAGAUCCGUCUUAUCGAGUACGAUGCUAAGAAAGGCAAGGCUGGUGUUACGGCCAAGACUUGGUAUGAUAAGGCUUCGGACUCGGAUAUGAUGACUUAUGGAACGAAGGGCAAGGGUAUGACGGAUUGGGUUGCGUAUAUGGGUCCUACUACUAAGAUUAAGAGGACGCAGUGGGCCCAGGGAUUGAACUUUGGUGGUGUUGUUGAUUGGGCUGUUGAUCUUGAGACUUGGUUCUCUGCGAAACCUGAAGGCAGUAUGUGA